GGUGCUCCUUGCCUUCUUUUGAGACUGAGAGCCUCAUUUAAGGUCUAUACUUGACCAAAUCAUCUCCAGAACAUUUCCUACGAUUAGAAUUUUACGAUGAAUCUACCGUUUUCUGUGAUUAACCAGCAAUUACCGAGAAAGUUACAGGUGAAGAACAACUAUUCAAGAAUUCGUAUUUUUACAGCAAAUGACACCUCUGCCUUUUUAAAUAAGGCCAGAUAUCCCACCGGACUUUUGAAUACGGCACUUUGGCAUAUUUCCUGCAAUCACCGUCCCGAACACUCGAGCAGUGUCAUGGCAGGGAAAUGGGUGAAAGAACAUGCUCAUAUUGCAUGUAUUGCUCUUGCAAGUGCAGGAGUUUCCUAUGGCUUGUAUCAUCGCAAAGAGGCAGUAAGAAAACUUUGCUCGAGGCGUCUCACAGGAUGUAUAAAGAAAAUAGAAAGAGAAAUUCACAUUGUUACAAAUUCCAAAGAAUGGUUGGAGAUAUUUCCAGCUUUUUCAAGACAAGUAAAAUGUGAUGGUGCCGUUGGGUUUGACUGUGAAUGGGUUCAUGUCAAAAACCAACGUCGUCCAGUAGCUCUUCUGCAGCUGGCCUCCUCCUUAGGAACGUGUGUCCUCAUACGAUUAUCACAGAUGAAAGACGACAUUCCAGAGACACUGAAGGAAUUCUUAGAAGAUGGCACAGUGCUGAAGGUGGGAGUUGAUUCACUGAAAGAUGGAUACCAUCUUACAGCAGACUAUGGAUUAAUGGUGCAUGGAUGUGUUGAUUUACGUCAUUUAGCUCUACAAGACCAGCAGGCAGGUGACCAGGGGAAAGCUUCCCCCAAAAAACAGUUAAAUGGCCUAGGAUUAAAUGCACUAACAGAGAUGUAUCUUAACCGCUCUUUAGAUAAGAGCUGGAGAGUGAGAGCAAGUGAUUGGGAGGCUGAAAAACUCACCCAAAGACAGAUACGAUAUGCAGCAGAAGAUGCCUUGUCAGGAAUCCACAUCCUGAUAAAGAUCUUAGACUGUUACUGGCAGCCAGCAUCCCUCACUUUAUAUAUUGCUCCAGAAGCCUAUUGGUACCAAGAAGUGCAAUUUGCUUUACAAAGAAUGUGUCACCAAUGGACUGACAGAAAGUUUACAGAUGUAAAAACAGAUUUUGCAUCAAGUGCUGGCAAAGGUAGUGGUCAGCCUACAGUACCUGCAAAGAUGAAGAAGAUCAAAGAUGGAUUUUCAGCACGUAAAGGACCGCAUUACUAUAACAGUCUACUUUAUGCACCAGAUGAUCAGCUGUUGUGUACUUGCGACUCUAAAAAGGCCUUGUGGUAUGUUGCGAAGGGCUUAGCUGAAAUUGUGUCUGAAGAUCCUCUCACUGUUCGCCUUAAAUUUGAACCUACUGGACGACCACAAUACCAGGAAGGAGAUGGGGAAUUUUACCUUCAAGAACGUCUCAAUAAAUGUGUGGUAUGUGGCAAAGAAGAGAAGUUAAUGAAGAAGAAUGUUGUUCCUCAUGAGUAUCGUAAGCAUUUCCCAGAUAUUUUAAAGACUCACCAAAGUCAUGAUGUUAUUCUUUUGUGCAGUGAUUGCUUUCAGACUAGUAACAGUGAGGAUGAUCUCUUGCGUGCACAGCUUGCUGAAGAGUGUGAUGCUCCCAUUGGAAUUGAACAUGACCUACAGAUUCAGGUUGAACGGGAAUGCAAAUUAGUGCGAAAUGCAGGUAGAACAUUGCUUAGAAGUCGAGACACCCUUCCAGAGGAAAGAGUGAAAACAUUAGAAAAGAUAAUUAUGAAAUACUAUGAAGUGGAUUUCAUUACAAAGGACCACCUUGAACAUGCAACAAACAUGAAGGUAAAAGUGUCCAAUGACAAGUAUCGUAUUCAUGGACAGAAAGUAUAUGAAAGGUAUGAAAAAACUGGAGUCAUGAAAUUGGAACAAAGGUGGCGCAAACAUUUCCUUGAAAGUAUGAAACCACAGCAUCUUCCAAAAUGCUGGUCAGUUAUGCACAACAUGUUUAAAAUGCGUCAGAAAAUGAGCUUUCUUCCCCUUGAACACCCUGACCGCAUGAAGUUUCAGAUUGCAUUAGUAGGUUCUGAGGGUCAUAUAGAAGUGCCAUAUAUGCCUCCCCCAGCCAGGCAAAGCCUUGGAGAUUUUUCUUUCGAAGAAAAUGAAGAUGGACUGACUUUUGAAGCUUAAUCCCAUUCUUUUUGUUGCUCAGGAUGGUUUUAAGAAGAGAGCAUUUGCCACUGCUUUUUAAAUAUUUUUUCCAGUGCCUUGAGAGGAGAGCAGAUAUAUUUUUACUACUUUAUCAUUCUAAAGUUUAAGCUUAGAGUUUUAAUGACCAGGGUGAAUACUCCCUUGCCUGUAGUGUGCAGUACAAAUUAAAGACUACAUUUCACAAGUUUUUAAUAUCAAAGAAGUGUUAUAAUUCACUGGAUGUUGUAGUCUAGCUAUUUAUUGUUUAUUUUCUAAAUUUAUAUGAACAAAUACUGAUAGAAAAUUAAAAACAAAAUACAGUACAAUAAUUCUGUUUAGAAUAUUGUAUAUGAAGAUGGCAAAAGGUAACAGAUAAAUUCUCUGAAUGCUCAUUUUUAAUGUCUUCAGUUAACUUCUAACCAUUAAGAGAAAAAUCAUUAGCUUAUUAUGUAUCUAUAUUUUCUUGGCUGGAAGUAGUUUCUCUGUUUAUAUAUAUUUUGAAAACUGUUCUGUUUCCUUGUUUUUGUCACAGAGUAGGAAGCAUAUAUUAUAGCAUUGAUUAAAUACACAAAACAUAACUAUGUUCAUGAGAUACAUGGGACCACUACCCCAAAUGUAUAAAUAUAAAGUUAACAUGUUUAUAUAUAUAUAUAAAUAUAAAUAUAUAUAUAUAUAUAUAUAUAUAUAUAUUAAUUUUAUUCAAUAUUGAAUCAAAAUGUUAAUUUAACUGAGUAUUAUUUAUUACUUGUGUAUGCAGCUUGUAUAAAAAAAUCUUAUUUACAAUAAAGCACUUAUAAUUUGCAUGCAGAUUCCCAGUUUGAUAUUUGCAUGACGUACUGUAUGGAUAUAGGAAUAUUAAUAGAAAUGUAUUUAUUUCUAGUUACUGUUUAAUGAGUUCACAAACACUUUUAUAAAUAUUUU